AUGUCCUUUUACGAUCAAACCCUGGGAAUGUUGACUGGAGCAACGAUACCAUCCAGCAAAACCUCUACAUUGUGGUCGCUAGGCAAAAUAUUGACAUACAAGACUCGAGUCCACGAUGAAAACGAAGGCAGUAUCGAAGAGAUCACAGGGACCUGUAUAGCAACCCAGGUGGCUGAACAGCCCACUCCAGAUACAGAGGUAAUGGAAGUAAUAGUAAAAAUCAAAAUACAGCUCACCCCAUGGGAUAACCCCGACAUCCAAACGAUCAGUAGCGAGGCUUGGCGCGAGAUUGAAAAUCUUGAAGAAUUAACGAAAGCCGAAUGCAGCUCGACUCCAAGGCUGAUUGAAUAUUUUUCCUACAAGCAACAUAACCAGAUGUACUGUCCUGGCGGGUAUAUUGUGUUUAUUGUGAUGGAAAAAGUCCCUGGACACGAUCUGCAAAACUUUGAAGCUCUCCCACUCGAAGAGCGGGACAGCGUGAGAAUUGCAUUUAUCAGAGCCUUAUGGGAGUUCACGGAGCAAGGAUUUGUUCACGAGGAUCCUCGCCGAGAAAAUAUUAUUUGGGAUAAAGCCUCCCAACGAUGUGUUAUUGUAGACCUCGAAGAUGUUUGGAACAUGGAAUUACCCAAAGGGGGAAAUAUUACCCUGGAUCCAGUGAACGAGCUUUCCUUGUGGUGGUUAAACUCAGGAGUCGCACAACCAGUGGAUGGUCAUUCUAUGGAUGAUCCAAUGAUGCCAGAACCGCGCAAGGAAGGGUGGACUUUCAACAGCCUGGAAGAAGCAGUAGCAUUUCUUCAGAGCGGAAGAGGCAUAAGCUUAAGUUAG